CAUUGCUUCAGGGAUUCUUAUAUUCGUGGUAUCUUGUGGAGAAUCGUCACUUGAUCAACUGUCUCAUGCUUAGUGUCGCGAAGAUGAUGGGGACCUUUCAGUUGAGGGUUAUGAAUGUUUGUUACAUUUACUGUAUUACUAUCUUCCUCGAGAGUGUCGCUCUGGAAGGCCACAAGAAUCUCCUGGGGCUAAAGCAACUGCCGAUCACAACUCAUAAGACGUCUGUUCAUCUUCUCUCCAGAGAUUUCAACACAAAGACCAGUACAGAAGAUGCCACAACAGACAAAUUUUCCCAGGGGUCGUCUCGUCUUUUCCAUAUUAAUGAUACUCUUCAUCAGUGCUGCGUGAAAGGAAAACAUAUAAUACCGAUUGGGUUUGACUUCACGGGAAACCGGAAAUACGUAGAUAUUGGACGCUGUCGUCGCAGAUGCAGACACAAACUCCAUCAUCAUUUGCGUCACCGCAAAAACUUAACACAAGGAAAUCAUAUAAGUUUGGAUGACAUGAUUACUGAAACAGUAUUUCAGAAGUGUUCCUCCGCCGAUGUGUGUGAACCAUCAUCAAGAAAAAUGGAAAUCCACCAUUCACUGACAGGCCUACUAGAAGUGGUUGUUAUUGAAGACUGUCAAUGUAGCUCUAACCCUUCGAGCUGUCAACGUGUCUCCAGCAUGAUGACGUUUUUUCACGAGACACCUUUUGAGUCGACAGUUGACGUAGGAUCUUGUCAGGGGCAGUGUGGCGAUGGGAACAGUUGUAAACCUCUUCGGAAUAGAACAGUUAGCAUUAAUGGCCCUAAUGGAGCUUCAUGCGUCCCUGUGAUUGAAGAGUGCCAAUGUGCGCAGCCUUGCUACAGAAUGGAGUUUCUAGAGUUAUAUUACGAACACGUAUGGAAUGACACAAGAAAUAUGACCGAAGAAGGAGUAAAGGAAAUAGACGUGGGUCGCUGCAUUGGAGGAUGUAGCCAUCUAGAACAAGACCGAUUUCAUUGUGUGCUUAGAGAUGAAAAGAACCAAGAAAAGUGUCUUAUGUCUCUUCAGGAAGAAGAACCACUCUGUGCACCUGUACAAUUCAACACCCACGUGUUUACAACACGCACUGGUGCAGUGAAAUCAGUGCUCUCUAUAGAAGACUGUGCAUGUCAGUGAUGCAGAAGAGUCUCUUGAGAGUCAUGGACAAAAGAACGUCUUAUGAUCAGUAAAAACCUGUUCGCGUAACAGCAGAAAUUAUGCUGGAAAACAUAAGAUAUACUCUCUGCAAAGUCUGGAAUACUAGUAUCCUUUUCGAAAAGAUUCCUAUGUUUAUGUAGUAUGGUUUUGUUAAGGCAUCAAUUAAACGCUUUCUUCUAUAACAGUUUCUCUGCAGCAAGAAUCGUAAUACUUGAAGACUAAGUUUCAUAAUCUGCGUACACAUAUAGAAAUUGCUGACAGAUUUUGAAAGUUUGAUUGCUACUUAUCUUAGUCUCUAAGAAACGACUAAGUUUCAUAAUCUGCGUACACAUAUAGAAAUUGCUGACAGAUUUUAAAAGUUUGAUUGCUACUUAUCUUAGUCUCUAAGAACGACUAAGUUUCAUAAUCUGCGUACACAUAUAGAAAUUGCUGACAGAUUUUAAAAGUUUGAUUGCUACUUAUCUUAGUCUCUAAGAACGACUAAGUUUCAUAAUCUGCGUACACAUAUAGAAAUUGCUGACAGAUUUUAAAAGUUUGAUUGCUACUCACCUUGAUCUAUAAGAACAGAGAAUAUAUAUGAUAUAUUUUUAUACGAAUUACUUGCAGGUAAUCUACAUUUGUUCAUUUGAAAGCCUGGCAAAUUAAUAUCAUAAACGUUAUUGUGUUCGUCAUAGAAAUAAAAUACACGUUGCUUCUUUCUAGUUUAUGAAACGUUUAUUUCAUACAGUAGUCACAGAUAUGACGAUCUUUCACUAAAAAAAUUGUCAGGAGUUUUUAUUUUAGUCUAUUAAAUUUAAUGAAAC